AUGACCGCGACCGCAGCCCUCCUGCCCGUCCUCUUGCUCCUGCUGGCCUUCGGCCACAGUGUCCAUGGAGCUGAAUGCUUCCCGGCCUGCCACCCCCAAAAUGGAUUCUGCGAGGAUGACAAUGUUUGCAGGUGCCAGCCUGGUUGGCAGGGUCCCCUGUGUGACCAGUGCGUGACCUUUCCCGGCUGUGUUAACGGACUGUGCGUGGAACCCUGGCAGUGCAUUUGUGACGACGGCUGGGACGGGAACCUCUGCGACAUAGAUGUGCGGGCUUGUGCCUCGACCCCCUGCGCCAACAAUGGAACCUGUGCGAACCUCGAUUCCGGCCAGUACGAGUGCUCCUGUGCCCCUGGAUUCUCGGGAAAGGACUGUCAGAAGAAGGACGGGCCCUGUGUGAUCAAUGGCUCCCCCUGUCAGCACGGAGGCACCUGUGUGGAUGACGAGGGCCGGGCCUCCCAUGCCUCCUGCCUGUGCCCCCCUGGCUUCUCUGGCAAUUUCUGCGAGAUCGUGGCCAACAGCUGCACCCCCAACCCGUGCGAGAACCAGGGCAUCUGCACCGACAUCGGGGGCGACUUCCGCUGCCGAUGCCCCGCCGGCUUCGUGGACAAGACCUGCAGCCGUCCCGUGGGGAACUGCGCCUCCGACCCGUGCCUCAACGGGGGCACCUGCUUGUGGCACACCCAGGUGAGGUACGAGUGUGUGUGCAAGCCCGGGUUCACGGGCCCCCUCUGUGGCCGGAAGCGCGCCCCGAGCCCCCAGCAGGUCACCCGUCUGCCCAGCGGGUACGGGCUCACCUACCGCCUGACCCCCGGGGUGCACGAGCUGCCGGUGCCCCAGCCCGAGCACCGCAUCCUCAAGGUGUCCAUGAAGGAGCUCAACAAGAACACCCCCCUCCUCUCCGAGGGCCAGGCCAUCUGCUUCACCAUCCUGGGCGUGCUGACCAGCCUGGUGGUGCUGGGCACCGUGGGCAUCGUCUUCCUCAACAAGUGCGAGGCCUGGGUGUCCAACCUGCGCUACAGCCGGAGGCUGCGGCAAAAGAAGAACCUGCUGCUUCGUUACAACAGCGGCGAGGACCUCGCGGUCAACAUCAUCUUCCCCGAGAAGAUCGACAUGGCCACCUUCACCAAGGAGGCCGGCGAAGACGACAUCUAA